AUGCCUAGAAAGAAAGUGAAGUUAGCUUUUAUUGAAAAUAGCACUGCGAGGAAAGUCUCAUAUAGAAAAAGACAGAAAGGGUUCUUGACAAAGGCCCGUGAACUUAGCACCCUUUGUAAUGUUGAAAUAGCUGCCGUUAUCUAUAGUCCUUACCACAAUGAACCUAUGAUAUUUCCAAAUAAUGAUGUUGUUACCAACACCUUUACAAGGUUCCGGGAGUUGUCAGAAUUGGAGAAAUCAAAAAACAUGGUGACACAAGAAAAUUUCACCAAGCAAAGGAUCCAGAAAAUGGAGGAACAACUCGGGAAGGUAAGAAAGGAAAACAGAGUCAGGGAUUUCACAAACAAGAUGUAUGAAAUGUUGAAUGGAGAAGAUAUUCCUAACGGUAUACACGUUUACGAUCUCAACGAUCUGAGUUACGUGAUCAACCAAAACCUUAAACAGGUAAGCGAAGCAAUCAAAACAAAGGUCAAUGGAGAGGGACUCAUAUUAUCUACACCAGUGUUACCACAAAUGAACCCUUCAAUGAAUAUCCCCAUAACGGAUGCAUCAGUGCCAAUAAAUAACCAACAGAGUUACUUUGUUAGCGUUCAACAGAGUCCUGCAUUGUCUGAGAUGUUUGACUGGAGCGAUGAUCUGAUGAAUUUGGACUGGAGUGAUUUGAUGACUUUACUUGAUGAGCCAUCUUUCAAUAACACUAAUGUUCAAGAUCCAAAUCACAACAACGAUAAUUUAUAA